CACAGAGCUUCUCAAACAUGUCCAGACUUCACGAGUACCAAAUUGUCGGUCGCCACCUCCCUACCGAGAAGGAGCCCACCCCCAAGCUCUUCCGCAUGCGCCUCUUUGCCCCCAACGAGGUCAUCGCCAAGUCCCGCUUCUGGUACUUCUUGCGCAAGCUGAAGAAGGUCAAGAAGGUCAACGGUGAGAUUGUUGGCAUCAACGAGAUCUUCGAGAAGAAGCCUCUUCAAAUCAAGAACUUCGGUAUCUGGAUCCGCUACGAUUCUCGCUCUGGCACUCACAACAUGUACAAGGAGUACCGUGAGUUGUCUCGCGUUGCUGCUGUUGAGGCCUGCUACUCCGACAUGGCUUCUCGCCACCGCGCCCGCUCUCGCUCCAUCCAGGUCAUCCGUGUUGCUGAGGUUGCCAACUCUGAGGUUCGUCGCCCUUACAUCAAGCAGCUCUUGGUCCCCAACCUCAAGUUCCCCUUGCCUCACCGCGUCAUUCGCGCUGCCGACAAGUCUCACCGCGCUCUCUUCAUGGGUUCGCGCCCCUCCACUUUCUACUAAGCUAUCUAUGCGCCAAUUUGUUUUGGCACAUGGCGGUUCUAGAGAGGACGCUUUAAUGCUCUAAUAAAUAGCCGUUUCUGAAUGGAC